GUUGCGCAGAGCGUGCGUGCGGCAUUGGCAGUGGAGGAGGAGAGGACCGCAGCAUUUCUGUUUUUACAGAACUAUCAGUUUUGUGUUGGGAGCAGUGAGACACAGCGGCUCAGCUGGACCCACUCUCUGUGGAGCAGCACAGGAGGUCCGUGCGUGACGCCACGCGGAGCAGCACAGCGUCUGUGAGCGGCACCUGCCGCGGAGCGAGCUGGGAAAACAAAGACAGAGGCGGAGAAGGGCUCAGUGCACUGGGACAGUGAGGUGUACUCGUGCUCUUAAAUAACAGUGAGGCGCACUGAGAGUGAGGUGUGGACCGCACAGGGCCCGCGUCCACAGACAGGGUUAAUUAUAGCACACGCCGCCUGCUCUCCUCCAGGGCAUCCGACCAUAUUCAGAGAGGAUCGGGAGGCCUCCAUCGGUGUUCGGUCGUAAUAACAAUCCUAGUGUCACUAUUUGGACAGUUGCACCUCGUGUGUUCAAUGAGCCCCUGAGGACAGCGGCACUAUGUGGGUCAGUCCCGAGGACGUGUUACUGGCGGGCGCCCUGUGGAUCACCGAACGAGCCAAUCCAUAUUUCAUCCUCCAGAAGCGCAAGGGCCACGGGGAUGGGGGCGGAGGACUGGCAGGUUUACUGGUGGGGACUUUGGAUGUAGUGCUGGACUCAAGUGCCCGAAUGGCUCCUUACCGAAUCCUGUACCAAACUCCCGACUCUUUAGGCUACUGGAUCAUAGCCCAUGGAACAUCCCGGAAAGAGAUCACAGAGCACUGGGAGUGGCUGGAACACAACCUGCUGCAGACUCUGUCCAUUUUUGAGAAUGAGAAUGACAUUACCACAUUUGUCAAAGGAAAAGUCCAGGGCAUCAUUGCGGAGUACAAUAAGAACCAUGACGUCAAAGAAGACGACGACACGGAUAAGUUCAAAGAGGCCAGUGCCAAGUUCAGGAAGUUAUUUGGGAUGCCCGAGGAGGAGAAGCUGGUCAACUACUACUCCUGCAGCUACUGGAAAGGCAAAGUCCCCCGUCAGGGCUGGCUUUACCUCAGCAUCAACCACCUCUGCUUCUACUCCUACCUGCUCGGCAAGGAAGCCAAACUGGUGGUGCGUUGGGCCGACAUCACACAGUUGGAGAAGAGUGCCACCCUCCUGCUCCCCGAUGUGAUCCGAGUGAGCACCCGCUGCAGCGAGCACCUCUUCUCUGUUUUCCUCAACAUCAAUGAGACGUUCAAACUAGCCGAGCAGCUGGCCAACAUCGCCAUGAGGCAGCUACUGGACAACAAAGGCUUUGAAGAGGACCGCUCCCUGCCCAAACUCAAGAAGAAGUCUCCCAAGAAAGUGUCAGCCCUGAAGAGGGACCUGGAUGCCAGAGCCAAGAGUGAGCGUUACCGAGCCCUGUUCCGUUUGCCCAAAGAUGAGAAAUUGGACGGGCACACAGACUGCACCCUGUGGACCCCCUUCAACAAGAUGCACAUCCUGGGACAGAUGUUUGUGUCCACCAACUACAUCUGCUUCAUGAGCAAAGAGGAGAGCCUGUGCAGCCUCAUCAUCCCACUCAGAGAGGUGACCAUUGUGGAGAAGGCAGACAGCUCCAACGUCCUGCCCAGCCCGCUCUCCAUCAGCACCAAGAACCGCAUGACAUUCCUCUUUGCCAACCUGAAGGACCGAGACUUCCUAGUUCAGAGGAUCUCUGACUUCCUGCAGCAGACCACCUCCAAGAUCUACCUGGAGAAGGAGCUGACCAGCAGCCUCAACAGCUCAGACGACGAGGUGUACUCACAGCACGGCUCUAACCUGUCCAGCAGCCCUCAGACCAGCUUAGGCUCCGAUUGUGAGCGGACCUUUAAUUUGAACGACAGCAGUGUGCCUACAGCCUCACAAGCACUGAUGACAAUGUACCGCCGCCGCUCGCCCGAGGAGUUCAACCCUAAGCUGGCUAAGGAGUUCUUAAAGGAGCAAGCAUGGAAGAACCACUUUACUGAGUACGGUCAGGGAGUGUGCAUGUACCGCACGGAGAAGACCAAAGAACUGGUGCUAAAGGGCAUCCCGGAGAACAUGAGGGGGGAGCUGUGGCUGCUGUUCUCUGGUGCUAUCAACGAGAUGGCCACUCACCCUGGGUACUACGAGGACCUGGUGGAGAAGUCUAUGGGUAAAUAUAACCUGGCCACGGAGGAGAUAGAGAGGGACCUGCACCGCUCUCUGCCGGAGCACCCAGCCUUCCAGAAUGAGAUGGGGAUUGCUGCUCUGCGCCGUGUGCUCACUGCUUACGCAUUCAGGAACCCCAACAUAGGAUACUGCCAGGCCAUGAACAUUGUGACGUCAGUGCUGCUGCUCUACGCCAAAGAGGAGGAGGCCUUCUGGCUGCUGGUGGCGCUGUGCGAGAGGAUGCUGCCCGACUAUUAUAACACCAGGGUCGUAGGCGCUCUAGUGGACCAGGGCGUAUUUGAGGAGCUGGCCCGAGAGUACGUGCCUCAGCUGUACGACUGCAUGCAAGACCUGGGUGUCAUCUCUACCAUCUCCCUGUCCUGGUUCCUCACCCUCUUCCUGUCAGUCAUGCCUUUUGAGAGCGCCGUCGUGGUGGUCGAUUGUUUCUUCUAUGACGGGAUUAAAGUCAUAUUUCAGCUAGCCCUAUCUGUGCUCCACGCAAAUAUCAACCAACUGCUGGACUGUAAGGAUGACGGAGAGGCCAUGACAGUGCUUGGCAGGUAUCUGGACAGUGUGACUAACAAAGACAGCACUCUCCCUCCCAUCCCUCACCUCCACUCCCUCCUGACCGACAACGGAGAGCCACAUCCGGAGGUGGACAUUUUCAAACUGGUCCGCAGCUCCUAUGAGAAAUUUGGUUCAAUCCGCGCUGAUGUCAUUGAGCAGAUGCGUUUCAAACAGAGACUCAGGGUGAUCCAGACCAUUGAAGACACGACUAAACGCAACGUGGUCAGAACUAUUGUGACAGAGACCGCCUUCAGCAUUGAUGAACUGGAGGAACUUUAUGUACUUUUCAAGGCGGAGCACUUGACCAGCUGUUACUGGGGCGGCAGCAGUAACCCCACAGAGCGCCAUGACCCCAGCCUGCCGUACCUGGAGCAGUACCGCAUCGACAUGGAGCAGUUUAAGACCCUGUUCACUCUGCUCUUCCCCUGGGCCAACGGGGCGCACUCCGACCCGCUGGCAGUGCGCUUCUUCCGCCUGCUCGACCACAACGGAGACGGGCUCAUCAACUUCAGGGAGUUCAUCACGGGCCUAGGUGUACUUUGUCAUGGGGACCUCACGGAGAAGCUAAAACUGCUCUACAAGUUGCAUGUGUUACCAGAUAUACCAAAUGAACAAGAUGAACCAGACUCUGCCUUUGAAGCCACGCAGUACUUUUUUGAAGACAUCACUCCGGAAACAUCAAUGAGUCAUGACUCCAGAUGCAGAAGUGAGAAGGACGAUGGAUUUGUUAGAGUCACCUUUAAGAAUGAGAAAGUGAAAAAACUGAACCCUCCAGACUACCGCCACUAUCUGAAACUAUGGAACCAGGAGUCACGCUCCAAAGUGGAAAACCCCAAAGACUUGCCUAAGCUUAAUCAGAGCCAGUUCAUCGAGCUUUGUAAGACUCUGUACAGCAUGUUUAGCGAGGAUGUGGCUGAGCAGGAGCUGUAUCACGCCACAGCCACGGUCACCAGUUUACUCUUGGAGAUGGGCGAAGUGGGCAAACUCUUCUCCUCCGCUAUAAGAAAAGACAGCACCCACGGGAGCAAACCAGAAACCAGUGCGGGGCCGGAGUCCGUCACUGGGGGCGCAGUUCUCCUCCCGUCCGCUUUGGAGAACAAGCUGUGCGAAGAGGAGAAAGCCGAGGACGGGGUUGAAAUUCCUCCGAUGCAAGACGUCAAACUGGAGGACUCUUCGCCCAAAGGCACCUCCUCUGCCAUGCUAAUAUCCGACGACGAAACCAAAGAUGACACCUCCAUGUCCUCCUACUCCGUCCUAAGCGCCGGCUCGCACGAAAUGGACGACAAGCUGCAGUGCGAGGAAAUAGCCGACGACACGGUGCUGGUCAGGAGCAACAGCCUCGGUUCCCAUGGCAACAUAGGUCACAUGGGGCCGCACCAAACGGGGUUGCCGCACAGCACGAGCAUAGACAAGGACUGGGCGAUCACGUUCGAGCAGUUCCUAGCGUCGGUACUGACAGAACAAGCGCUAGUGCAAUACUUUGAGAAGCCAGUAGAGGUGGCGGCGCGCAUCACUAACGCCAAGAAUGUGCAAAAAGUGGGACGGGCGAACUCGCUCUCCACAAGUGACUAUGAGAUUUCCUUAUCGGGGUGAGAAGACAGAAGAGAGAUUUAAUGAAAGACUGUUGUAAUAAAAAAGAAAAGAAAAGGGGAUUAGUGUGAAAUAAGUCAGUGAUGUACAAAGUUUUAGAGUGAAUGUAAAGUAUGAUUAUAUUUGUGACCAAAACGUUCUUGGGAAAGUAUUUUAUCACAUGUGAAAGACUUUUAUUCUGAGGUUGUCUGAAAGUUGUCCAGCUGAGAAAGAACAAACAAACCCCCAAAAUGGUGUAAUCUCUCAAUCGUCCACAUGUGGUCCUUGAUAGAUGGUUUCAGAGGUGGUCAUCUGGACAGUGUUUUUGAAAUUGAGAUAUUAAGCGAGACAUUUGAAGCUAUAGCUCCUCUCUUGGUGCAGGGCUUAUCCAGCGCAGGGCAGUAUUCAUGCAUUUCAGUCAAAGAAUUCGUUCCUGAUUUGAAGGGCUUUGUGAGGACUUUUCCCCAUUUCAAAAGAUAUAAUAUUUUGAUUUGAAUAUCUUAAUUGCUAGGACCACAGACGAUGUAAAACCCAUGAAUACAGCUCUAGCCUCUCACUCUUCAACUUGAAAAUGGCAGUCAAAAUGUCUGGCAAAACAUCUAGAGAUCAAAAACAUUGUCCAGAUAACUAUCUCUGAAACUUUAGUAAAGUAAAAAAGUAACAAAGUUUAAAUAUAAGUAAUAUUAUAAUGUAUAAUACAAGAAUCUAUAUAAAUCAUAUUCAUUUCUAACAUAAAAAGUCAGUUUAAUGGAUAUUGCAUUUGACCAUUAAUUAUAAGUAACUAUAGCAACAUAUAAAAAGUCAAGGUAAACCAAAAUAGUGAAAAACAUGAAAUACAUUUAAAAAAAAAUUUUAGAGGAGGAAUAGAGGAUAGAGAGGAAUAGAGGUUAUGCAGUGACAUCAUUUUAUUAGAAAAAAAGCUCCUCAACAUUCCAGCUGAGUGGCAAAAUGUGUUUCUUUGCUUACUAUUCCCUCAUUUUUGUCUGUGGAGCUCUUGUUUUCACCCCAGAAGACAUAUUUCCGCAACACACAGACUCAGAAACAUCUAAUUUAAGGAGAGGAAGUUUCGGUUUAACUGUGAUCACAAAAGUUACGUCAGUGAUAGAUGUGAGCAUAGCCUGCAGGGUCCUUGUUGUUUAACUGUUAACUGGGUUUCUUGUUUUAGAUGCCGGGUAAAAAGUCAAUAUUUAGCAGAAAUGUGGAGUUUUAGUUGUUAUUAGACUGAAGCAGCUCAUAUUUUAGACAUGUUUUGAACUUUUAGGGAGAAAAAAGUGUCAUUACUCACCAUUAUACCUUUGCCACACGCUCAUAAACUUUCCAAGCGUUGUGAUGUCAUCUGCAUAAGCUCUACAGUCAGACUUACAAAAUAGUCCCUUUUAAAUUACACUAUGUUCAAAGUUGGAAUUGGGUUUGUAGACAGUUUGCUCCGAUGAUCAGUGUCCGCACAUAGUAGCUGUACUGAUUUUACAUUAUGCAUAGGUGUUAAGAUUGUAACUUCUAGUACUCUUUGGCUAUGUAGAUGUAAAUGUCCACAGACAAAAGUACACACCCAAAUGGGAAUAUAAUACUCUAUGUACUUAAUGUCAAUUAACAUAUUAUCAAACGAUUGCCUCUUUCGUUAUGUUUCAACUUGCUGCUAUUUUAAACAUCUUUCAUUUGGUGGUUAGAAUGAAAAUAAUGCUGUGAAAUCAUAUCUGGAGUUCACCGUCUCUGUCCACACUAAUCGCACAUUUAUCGACAAUAUUGCAAUGUUUUUAUAGGAAGACGAGAUGAUGUGAACUGUGACUAAUGACGAAACAUUUCAGAGAUACAAAUGUUUAGUAGUUGCAAUAGGAACACAAUCUGCACUUCAUGUUUACACCGUGAUGCCGUCCAGUUUUAUGUUAUGUAAAUACUUUUUUAUUGUCCUUGCUCUGGAUACAUUGUGCACAUUCAAAAUAAUUAAAUUGAUUAUUCUACACUGCAGAA